CCGGCACCAGGAUAAAAAUACCCGGAAUGGAAGUCGAUCCGAGCGUGCCUUCGGUCCCGGAGUCCCCGACCAGCACCAGGCGGCAUGUACCCCAUGGUUCAUUGCACGUCGACCACCACACUCCAGUCGAUCGGUGGACGUCCAUCCCACGUCGCGUAAUAGACAUCGCACCGACGAAUGAUGCAACGACGUCCCUGACUUCCACGACUCCGUCACGACAUGGCUUCCUGCGCUCUCUGAGUGCACCGAUGUCGUACUUCUUCCCUAUGAACCCUACAUUUAGCAACGUUGCAAUCGCCGCUACACCUGUGUCUCCAACGAUCCAACUCCACCGUGACAACGAAGUAUUCGACCAUGACGAGCGCGCAACUCUCCUCCGAAACAUCAACGCAGAUGUCGACUACGAAGCCACAGAGCCAGGAGUACCACAGCAUAGUUUUCAUGUCGGCAUGUCUGCAUCGCUGCCAUCUCCCAUUCGCGCUGUGGGGGCCGAUGCACCUGCCGACACCACCCCAGAACCGCCCGUCGCUGACGACUCAGAAGAGCAAUUGCGCACCGAACUGCGGCGGUUGUUUGGCCGUGUUCAUCACAUCGUGCCAUUUGCGGUUCUGCUAGUGUUGUACUUUGCCUACGUCCACAUCAUUGGGAUUUUCAUCUUCGUCCUUGGUUGCACAUCCAUCAUUGCGUUGGACCAGCGAUUCCGUGCGCAAGUCGCGAUGAAGGACAAAGCCAGCACGUCGGCCCUCAGCGGGAUCUUCCUCGUCUCUGCCGUCGACGCAUUUGCACUCUCAGCGCUCAACGGCGACCUCACGCCACUGCAUACGCUGUGCAAGGCCGUCGCGGACCCGUCCAGCCUUGCCGACGUUGUCUGGACUGUCAUGAUCAACGAUUUGAUCUUGCGUCUCGCCAGCUUCAUGGCCAAGAUCGUUGUUGCCCUCGUCCAAGUGAAUGGGUGCUGUCGGUAUGUGAAACCAGCGACGCAUCACCGCCGCAAGCGAAAGAUGUAUGCCGCGAUCGAGCACCUAUCGCUCCUUGUGCGGUCCUGCUGCGCCGCCUUUCCAUGGUACGCGUUCUACAGCGCUGCCGAAUCCAAGCACGUGGCCAAUUUGUUCCAAGGCAUUUACUCGAUGUUCAAGAUUUAUUUUGGAGUGGGGCAGUCAAAGAAAGUGGCCGCAUGCAUCCUCGCGGCGGUGACCCUCCACGUCGAGUACGGCACGUACGUGUCGUCGACCGAUCUGGCCGAAAUGUGCACCCCCGACUGCUCCAUUUGCUACGACACCAUGCAGACGCCGGUGCAACUCCAGUGCGCGCAUUUGUUUUGCGAAGAGUGCAUCGCAGAGUGGUUUGACCGGGAGCGAUCGUGUCCCCUCUGCCGCGCCGACGUCCAUGCGAGCGACGCGACGUCACCUGCCACCAAACCCAUGUACUUGGACGGCAGCACAAGUCCCUUUCCUCAGUUUUUAUAGGUGGUGUUUUCUCGUUAAUUGGAAUCGUCGGCAUAUGACGGCGAGGGAUCGACGGCCACGAUGACGUGACCAGGGUCGGCCGCCGCUCCAAACGUAAACGUACGGCUCAGGGUUCCCGUAA